UGUAGUACUUCCUUCUCAUUUGCCUUCGAUCUUUUUUCUUCUUCAUUCAUUCGAGAUAUCCUUUGAACGUCUCUCAUUACCAACUCACACCCAGCAGCCUCUCGACUGGACCAGACCACAUCAACACAUACAUAGACUCAGCAGACCAGCCAGCCCAGCGAACAGAGAACUAGGCAAGCGACUUAAAGGAGAACGAACACCAAACCAUCAUCAUGAAACCAACGACCAAGAACAGAAGAACAACAACAUCAACAAGACUCGCUUCCUCACCCCAUCCAUCCUCAUCCUCAUCAGCAUCCUCAUCCUCCUCAUCACUGCCUCGAACACCCAAACCACAUAACACCCUACUCGACAGCAUCCUCUCCUCACCACGCCAGUCUCAUACAACCAAAAAGACUGAAACUCAAAUCACUCCCAACAAACUCAACAGGGCACUCAACAACCUACUCAACCAGCCCCGCGGCCACCCCUCCCACAAACAAACUGCCAUGAACCAGCUCAUCCAAACACUCUCCACCCUCCGAUCAAAACAUCACAUCCAUGAUCAUCUUGAACAACCUUACUCCAAACGGAUCAAGAUCCAGGCCGCAGCUGAUGGCUCAGCCUCACUCGUCCUCCCAUCCAUGCAGCCCACUCUAGACCCAUCGCACUACUAUUACCAACAUCUUCACUACCCACAACCCACCACCAUCGAAUACGGCCGAGUGAUCAUGAAGAAAGACGCACUGAUCAACAAGCUCGGACUCGAGGCCGCCCAGCGUGCUAUUCGUAAGGCCAGAAGCCAGCGGAAACCCUACCGCCCUUCAGCAAAUCAUCCACCUUCAUCUUCGCCCCCAAGCUCCCCACAGACAAGCUGCUGGCGUACCGGGAGGAUCGGAAAAUGGCUAGAAUCCGCCGACGAUGAUUCAGAGGAGGAAGGGGACAGACGGACCAAUUUGCCCCGUGGCCGGGACUUGAUGGGCUCACUUUCCAAGCUCGCCAAAGAAGAAUCCUCGACAUCUGUUCAGCCUUCCUCCAGCUCGACUGACCAAGCAGCCAAUGAUCCACAGAGCUUGUUCUGGUCGCCGAUCAAGGGCAAACAGAAGGUGUCCGGGAUCCCGGCAACCAAGCGGGCACCGCACUCGGCCUCGAUCGCCGCGCCGAUCGACAGCCAGCAGAUCCUCGAGCGAAUCGGGCGGAUGAGUGCGCUGGAGAUGGGCAUCCGCUGGCCGCUCGACCGGCCCUCGACCCCGCCGAACCAACAGUCGUCGUUCUUCCACAUCGACGAGCUCAACGCCGCCCGCGGCCACCGUCACCCAGCCGACCGUCUUGCCCCCUUCUCGCAGCUCUCCUUCGGCAGCCAGUCUGGCACGGCGCUCCAGACUAGCAUGCUCAAGCCCGGCUGCAACCUCUCCCAGGCCUUCCUCGUCCGGGCCGCCUCCCCGACCAUCCUCCUCUCCGCCCCCGCCCCGGCCGACGAGAAUCGCAGCCCACUUGUGCUCGCCCCGCAGCCCCACCUCUCACCCUCUUUACCGGCCAGACCACAUCAAAACGACUUCUCUCCCUGCUCGCCGUUGAGACAUGAUCUCCUCAAACUGAUCGACCAGCACCAAGGAUCUGCCAGACUCGAUAGUCCCAACCCGAUAACCGCCUUCUCCUCUUCACAAUCUACGGCAGCACACGAACACCGUUGGCUCGCUGACCUUGACACCAACUCACUCGCUAACCUGAACUUCGAUAACCCCUUCUCUUCUCCCACUCCGGAUCCCCCGCUUGAAGACUUCUUGGGCUACGUUUGA